AUGUAUAAUGAAGAUGAUACACAAAAUGUAACCAAAAUAAAAUCGCAUUUGGUGAUUGAUAUGCAAAACCAUCAUGAUAUAAUUAAAGAGAAAUUGAGCGACUAACCCAGAAAAGUGUUGAUUCUCAAUACUGGUGGCACCAUUUCCAUGUUUCCUUCGUCAUCUGGAUAUGUUACCAAAACAGGAGCAUUGAAAAACUUCUUAUAAAACAACCCAUUCUCCUGCGAUAUGGAUUACACCUAUUUUAAGGCUACUGAUGAUUUUCUGAUCACUCCUAUCACAGCCUUUAACAGAAGAAUUUGGUUUAAGGUGGAUGAAUUAGAUAAAUUGCUUGAUUCCUCAAACAUGAAUUCAGAUGAUUGGGUAACCAUAGCGGAAAGGAUAGAAAAAGCAUAUAAACAUUAUGAUAGUUUCAUUAUAUUGCAUGGAACAGAUACAAUGGCCUAUACUGCGAGUGCUUUGUCUUUUAUGUUCCAAAAUCUUUCAAAAACAGUGAUAUUGACAGGUAGUCAAGUGCCCUUGUCACAACCAAGAAACGAUGGGUUUACUAAUUUUCUGAAUGCUCUCACAAUAGCUGGCCAUUUUACAAUCCCAGAAGUCUUAAUAUGCUUCCAAGAUAAAUUGCUCAGAGGCAAUAGAGCUUAGAAAGUGAAUUCUUCCUCUUUGGAUUCUUUUGAUUCUCCUAAAUUCAUACCUUUGGGAUACUUUGGAGUGAAUAUUAGUAUUAAAUGGGAUAUUAUCAUGAAGAAUCCAAAUGAAGAGAAUUUAUAAGUGAACAAGAAAUUCUGCACGAAUAUCAGUUUGAUUCGUCUGAAUCCCUUGUUAAAUCAUGUCACUUUAAAUGAGAUAUUUAAGAAUGAGAAAUUGAAGGGAGUUGUUAUAGAGACUUAUGGAGCAGGCAAUAUGCAAACAGAAGAAAAGUUCUGUAAUGAAAUUGCUUAGGCAGCCAAAAGAGGAAUUGUAAUAGUCAACAUCUCUCAAUGUCAUACAUCCUAAGUAGAAAUGAUUUAUGAGACUGGCAUCAUCUUUGAAAACAUGGGAGUAAUCAGCGGAGGAGACAUGACAUCCUAAGCAGCCUUUACUAAACUCGGGUAUUUAUUGGCUUAGACUGAUGACGUUGAUAAGGUCAAGGAUGAAUUCCAAAGGAAUAUAAGAGGAGAGUUGACAGAAUCAGGUGGAACAGCUGAGACUGAACCCUUUUUGAUGGCCUUGUCAUCAGCCAUUAAAUAGCAGCACUCCAAAAUUGAUCUGAAUAAGGACUUAGUGUUCCCAAAUAUCUUGUGUCAGAUAUGUGUACAGAAGAAGAAAUUGUCAUCAAUGAAAUUAUCAAAGAUUGAAUAGGAAAUCAAUUACAAGGCAUAAGACUAUGACAAGAGAAGCAUAUUACAUGUGGCUGCAAGAGAAGGUUCAUUGGAGAUUGCUGAGUUAAUCCUGAGGAAAUGCCCAGAAAUCGUUAACAAUGUGGAUAGAUGGAAACAUAGUCCUAUGUAUGAAGCUGUCAUGGCUAAGAACACUCAAAUGAUCUAAUUGCUCUUGAGAUUCCAAGGGAAAUUGAUUGCCCCGAUCAAAGAGUUGACUUAACUCCUUAUGUUAGAUGUGGCUAAUGGAAAGGGAGAUAUGCUUAAUCUCUUUUAUGAAGCUGGAGAAAGGGAUUUCACUCAAUAUAAGACGGAAGAUAACAGAACUGUUGCUCAUUUGGCUGUUUCUGUGGGCAAUGAUGCUGCCUUGCAAUUCCUGUCGAAUCCUGGGGUGAUUUUUGAUUGGUAAGUGCAAGACAAGUUUGGUCGAAUACCCAAAGAUGAGAAAAUUUUAUAGAAAAGACUAUUAAAGAGAUGA